AUGUCUUUUCGAGGCGGAGGUCGCGGAGGAUUUAAUCGAGGUGGCGGCUUCGGUCGCGGCGGCAGCAGCAACAGCCACUUCCGAGGUGGAGGCGGCGGCAAUUUCAGAGGCGGCGGCGGCAGAGGAGGAUUCGGACGAGGGGGCGGUCGCGGAGGCUUUAACAAAGGCCAAGAUCAAGGACCUCCAGAACAAGUAGUUUUAUUAGGAGAGUUCCUGCAUCCUUGUGAAGAUGACAUAGUGUGUAAAUGUACCACAGAUGAAAAUAAAGUACCUUAUUUCAAUGCUCCAGUUUAUUUAGAAAACAAAGAACAAAUUGGAAAAGUGGAUGAAAUAUUUGGACAGCUUAGAGAUUUUUAUUUUUCAGUUAAAUUAUCAGAGAACAUGAAAGCAUCCUCCUUUAAAAAACUGCAGAAGUUCUAUAUAGACCCAUAUAAGCUGCUGCCGUUGCAGAGGUUUCUACCUCGGCCUCCUGGUGAAAAGGGACCUCCAAGAGGCGGUGGCAGGGGAGGUCAAGGAGGAGGAAGAGGCAGAGGCGGCAGGGGCGGCAGAGGCGGUGGUUUUAGAGGUGGAAGAGGAGGUGGAGGUUUCAGAGGAGGAAGAGGGGGUGGUGGUUUCAGAGACUUUGCAGGAGGCAGGUAA